AUUCAAUAUAAAUCUACCCUUGACGGAUUAAUUAGUUUAGUGCAAGCUUGGUUUAAAUCAGUUGAGGUUGCAAAUAAGGAUAGUCAGUUUGCAACUCUCCUAAUUUUUUCAUCAUUUAAAGAAAGAAACAAAAGCAUGGAUCCAAGCUUGAGAGAAGUAGCUGGAACAGGAGAUACUGAUGCCUUGUACGCUCUAAUUCGAAAGGAUCCGUACAUGUUGGAGCAUAUUGAUCAGAUUCCUUUCAUCGAUACUCCACUUCACAUAGCAGCAAAUGAAGGUCAAAUUAAGUUUGCAAUGGAGAUGAUCAACUUGAAGCCUUCGUUUGGUCGGAAGCUAAACCAAGACGGGUUUAGCCCCAUGCACUUGGCCCUCCAAAUGGGGCAUACCAAGCUAGUGCUUCGACUGUUGAAGACCGAUAAAGACCUGGUUCGCGUCAAAGGAAGGGAAGGGAUGACCCCUUUCCAUUGUGCAGCUGCAGUGGGGAACUCUAAUCUUUUAUUCCACUUCCUUGAAACUUGCCCUGAAUGCGUUGAGGAUGUCACGGUUCGUAACGAGACUGCAUUACAUCUUGCUCUGAAAAACGACCACACCGACGCUUUUAAUCUCUUACAUGGAUGGCUUCGAAAAAACCGUCGUGGAGGAGGCAAUGGUUUGGAAAGAAAGGUUGUGAAUUGGAGAGAUGAUGAUGACAACACUGUGUUGCACAUUGCAGCUACAAAGCAACAACAUCAGGCAGUACAACUGUUGUUGGAGUCCUUUUAUGGGUUAGAUGCAAACGCUAAGAACUCGGAAGGUUUGACAGCUCGAGAAAUCAUAGAAAGGGUUGAAAGACAAGGGCUGAACAUGAGUGGCGCCGAAGACGAUGAUACCACCACCGCCAAGAUUGAGCGCAUUAAGAAAAGAACUAGUAGGUCUGAAAGAGCAUUAGUGAAGUUGAUUCGUGCAAGGAAUGGGUUGUCGGAGAACAUGCUCAACGCAACACUGGUGGUAGCGGCGCUGGUCAUAACAGCAAUCUACCAGUCCUCUUUAAGCCCACCAAGAGGUCUUUGGCAAGGUGAUAACACUAUCCCCACCACCACCACAAACCUUACUACCACUACUAAAUUUAAACUCUUUAACGACAACUACAGUGAGUAUCGUUUUAAAUUUCUGUUGGGUGAAGAAACAAGGAAAACUGGUACAGCAAUCAUGAAUCCCAACUUGUUUUUAGGGUUUUGGUUUUUCAAUUUUAUAGCAUUUGGGCUUCCAGUUCUUCUAACCGUUUUGCUUUUAUCCAAUGUACCUAGUAUUCUUCUCAUCCCGCUUUAUUAUCUAUCCGUCUCCUAUUUUAACUGCAUGACAAUAAUAUCUCCUUCCACGUUUUGGGCAAGCAUCAACUUUGUUGUCAUGUGGACAGCCAUUCUUCUCCCGUUGCUCUUAGUUGUUAGAAGCGUAUGGUUAUCGAAGCAGCCAAAGUACAGGGAAAUCAGACAAUUACGCAGACUUUUCCGCAAGUAGAAUAAUGUUGGAAUCGUUCAACGGUUGCGAAUGUCAAUGUAGUUUAUAUGUUAUCUUAUGUUAUGUACUUUUUUCCAUUUUCUCUGGAUUAGUAUCUUUUCUCUUAGGUAAAAAAUUUAUGUAAUUGCUUUGGAUAAAUUUAAUAAAUAAGAUUACUUUUCCCAGCA